GGUCAGCCAGAUCAGCCAAGAGCUUCACAUGCAUUCCGCUGAUGCUGCCAGUCAGCUCCGCCAACUCGGCCAACCUCUUUUGACAACUGAAACCUAGCCUCGUCCGGAAACAAAAGAGGAAGCCAAACUCAAACCCACGAACCUACUUGAUCUUGUCAACUCCCCAUCAGUCGCUCUGGUAGCCCAACCUCGUCUCGUUAUUCGCCAUCACUACACAAGACAAACACGCUCUAUCCAAUCUAGUCAACAUGGGUGCUCUCGACCGUCUCACGCAAAUCUCGGGCCAGCUGUCCGGGGCGCUGGGCUCUGGAGGAGGUCGCGCCAAAAUCCUCGAGAAGCAUCCCGAUGAUAUUGUCGUGACGGCCUGUCUUCGGACAGCCUUCACCAAGGGUGGCAAGGGAGGAUUCAAGGACACGCAGGCGUCGGACCUGAUGGUCGGUGCCCUCAAGGGCAUCAUCACCAGGUCCAGGCUGAACCCGGCCCUCGUCCAGGACAUCUGCGUCGGUACCGUGCUGGCCCCCGGCGGUGGCGCCACCGAGAUGCGCGCCGCCGCCCUCGUCGCCGGCUUCCCCGAGACCACGGCCGUCCGCACCCUCAACAGGCAGUGCUCUUCGGGCCUGCAGGCCUGCGUCGACGUCGCCAACCAGAUCAAGGCGGGCAUGAUUGAGAUUGGCGUCGGCGCUGGCGUCGAGUCGAUGAGCACCAACUACGGACCCCAGGCGGUUGCCGAGUUCUCGGAGCUGCUCGAGGCCCACCAGGAGGCGGCCAACUGCAAGGUGCCCAUGGGUGUCCUGUCGGAGCAGAUGGCCAAGGACCGCCACGUCUCACGCCAGUCGCAGGACGCCUUCGCCGCCGCCUCGUACCAAAAGGCCGCCAAGGCGCAGGCUGACGGCCUGUUCCGGGAGGAGAUUGAGCCGCUGCGGGUCAAGUUCGAGGACCCCAAGUCGGGCGAGACCAAGGAGGUGGUGGUGGACCGCGACGACGGCGUCCGGCCGGGUGUGACGGCCGAGUCGCUCGGCAAGAUCAAGGCCUCGUUCGCAAAGGACGGCAGCAUCCACGCCGGCAACGCGUCACAGAUCUCGGACGGCGCCGCCGCCGUUCUGCUCAUGAAGCGAUCCACGGCCGACCGUCUGGGCCAGCUGGUACUGGGCAAGUUCGUCCAGGCCUCCGUCGUCGGCGUGAAGCCGCUGCUCAUGGGCGAGGGCCCCUGGGCGGCCAUCCCCAAGCUCUUUGAGCUCACGGGCGUGUCCAAGGACGACGUCGACAUCUUCGAGAUCAACGAGGCCUUUGCCAGCCAGUGCCUCUGGUGCGCCAACGAGCUCGGCCUGCCCCAGGAGAAGAUCAACCCCAAGGGCGGCGCCAUCGCCUUUGGCCACCCUCUCGGCUGCACCGGCGCCAGGCAGGUCUCGACCCUGCUCUACGAGCUGAGGAGGAGGGGAGAGAAGGUUGGCGUCACCAGCAUGUGUAUCGGUACUGGUAUGGGCAUGGCCGCCCUCUGGGUCGCCGAGUAGUUGAUCCGGGUUCUGUUCUGCCGAAUUGUAAUACCAUUUCUCUUGCUCUUCGUGUGAUGCCGUGACUGACCUCAAACUUGAUCCCUUGAUGACUCUAUCCUGCCGUCCUCGUCCAGUUGAGAAUAAUGCCACUGCUGGA